UCGAGCCGCCGUAGUGCUCGCUCAGGCGAGUUGGUGAGGCAUGGAGCCGGUGGGCGGCGGUGGCGGCGAUUGCCGCCGCCCCUGCUCCGCAGACCCACGGAGCACCUACGUGUUGAGUAACCUCGCGGAGGUGGUAGAGCGUGUGCUCGGCUUCUUGCCCGCCAAGGCGUUGCUGCGGGUGGCCAGCGUGUGCCGCCUGUGGAGGGAGUGCGUGCGCAGAGUGCUGCGGACCCAGCGCCGCGUGACCUGGAUCUCCGCUGCCGGCCGCCCGGGCGCGCGCCACCUGGACGGCCACUGCCUGGUCCGCGUGCUGGCCGAGGAGCUCGAGAAUGUUCAAGUCUUGCCACAGACUGCUCUCUACAUGGCUGACUCUGAUAGUUUUGUUAGUCUGGAAGAAUGUCGUGGCCAUAAGAGAGCAAGGAAAAGAACUAGCAUGGAAGCAGCAUUUGCCCUUGAGAAGUUAUUUCCAAAACAAUGCCAAGUCCUUGGGAUUGUGACCCCAGGAAUUGUAGUGACUCCAAUGGGAUCAGGUAGCAAUCAGCCUCAGGAAAUAGAAUUUGGAGAAUCUGGUUUUGCCCUAUUAUUCCCUCAAAUUGAAGGAAUAAAAAUACAGCCCUUUCAUUUUGUCAAGGAUCCAAAGAAUUUAACACUAGAAAGACAUCAACUUACUAAAGUAGUUCCUGGUCCCCUUCUCCUGUUGGCCUCAGUUGCUUUUAAGGUUGCUGUAUGUGAUGACACUGUGCCUGGACCUCCGAGCCAGCAGAGCAGUCUGACUGAAGAAACAAUCACAGGUCUUCUCGAUAACCCUGACCUUCGUGUGGUCCUUGUCUUUGGCUAUAACUGCCAUAAGGUGGGAGCUGGGAAUUAUCUGCAGAGAGUACUCAGCACUUUCAGUGAUACAAACAUCAUCGUGGCAGGAGGCCAGGUGGACAAGCUGUUGUCACUGACUUCUGAGAAGAACCCUGUGGAUAUUGAUGCCAUAGGUGUGGUGGGACUGUCAUUUAGUGGGCACAGAAUCCAGAGUGCCACCGUUCUCCUUAAUGAGGAGGUCAAUGAUGAGAAGACAGCAGAGGCAGCCAUGCAGCGCCUCAAAGCAGCCAACAUCCCUGAGCAGAACACCAUCGGAUUCAUGUUUGCGUGCGUUGGCAGGGGCUUUCAGCAUUACAGAGACAAAGCAAAUGUGGAGGCGGAUACGUUUAGAAAGUUUUUUCCUAGUGUUCCCUUGUUUGGCUUCUUUGGAAAUGGAGAAAUUGGAUGUGACCGGAUAGUCACUGGGAACUUUAUACUGAGGAAAUGUAAUGAGGUAAAGGAUGAUGAUCUGUUUCAUAGCUAUACAACAAUAAUGGCACUCAUUCACCUGGGGUCUUCUAAAUAAACCCAUCUUUAAAGUGGCUUUCACAAGA